AUGGUUGGAAUCGAUCAAACUGAGAGUGAUGACUUUAAGUUGGAUGCGCAUGGUGUGUUCAGAUUUCGUAAUCGGAUUUGCAUUCCCGAUGAUGUGGAUUUCAAGAGAGCGAUUCUUGAGGAAGGUCAUAGAAUUUCUAAAUUGGCGGAGAUUUAUAUCAAUGUGAUUGUUAAGCUGCAUGGUGUUCCUUUGUGUAUUGUUUCACAUAGAGAUUUGAGGUUCACUUCAUAUUUUUGGAAAAGUUUGCAAGGAGCACUGGGUUCUAAGUUAAGGUUGAGUUCAGCGUAUUAUCCUCAAACAAAUGGUCAGAAGGAGAGGACUAUUCAGUCGUUAGAGGAUUUUUCGAGAGCUUGUGAUCUUGAGCAGGGAGCGGGUGAUCAUGUAUUUUUGAGAGUCACCCCGGUGACCGGUGUGGGGCGAGCAUUGAAGUCUAAAAAGCUCACUCCUCGUUUUAUUGGACCGUAUCAGAUUUCAGAGAAGGUUGGGAAUGUGGCGUAUAGAGUGGCGUUACCGCCGAAUCUUUCGAAUUUGCAUGAUGUGUUUCACGUGUCGCAAAUUUGGAAGUAUAUUUCUGAUCCUUCUCAUGUGAUUCAUAUGGAUGAUGUGCAAGUAUGGGAUAAUCUCAUGGUGGAGACUAUGCCGGUAAGAAUUGAGGAUCGCGAGACGAAGACGCUUAGAGGCAAAGAAAUUGCGUUGGUGAAGGUAGUUUGGUCGGGAGCUACCGGAGAGAGUUUGACGUGGGAGUUGGAAAGCAAGAUGCGAGAUUCGUAUCGUGAGUUAUUUGAUUAA